UAUUCUUCCAUGCCCCCACCACGCCUCUGCUUUCUUUUUCUUUCCUCCUUAGCUCUUCCUUUUCAUUUUUUCUUUGCAUCUCUCCCUCUCUCUUGCUAGCUCGUGCAAUGCCUCAUUGAUGUCCUGAAGCAGAGCUCAAGCUCCAAUGGCUACAGGCAUAGUAUCAGUAUUCAAUAAGUUCCUCUCCAUCUUUAUCCUCCUAUUCCACCUGGGUUGCUUUACUUUCACAUUCAGAGAUCAUCAGCCAUCGACCAAGAAACGCAAAGCCUCUCCUCCAUCUCCCACAUCUUCUUCUUCAUCUCGCCUAAAGCCUCACAGAGCUCUCUCUUCUUCCUGGACCUAUCUCAAACGUAUCUUCUACUCAAAGACUUACAAAGCCAGCAGCUCACAGGAUCAAUCUCCAGUGCCAACUCUCACCUCGGCAAGAUCAUCGCAGCAGUCCAUAGUCUCCAUGAUCCCUCCCGAAGAGCACUCGUCCGAUGUUCCUCCACGUACAAAGUCAUCUGGGUCUUGCCAAGAAUCAGAAAUCUCAACUAAUGAUCAGUUCUUUCCUUUACGAAAUGAUAUCUUUCCGUGCACAGCUUGCGGCGAAAUCUUUCAAAAACCUCAGCUUCUGGAGCAGCAUCAAGCGAUCAAACACGCGGUGUCAGAGCUUCAAGAUGGAGAUUCAGGGAAGAAUAUAGUCCAUAUCAUAUUCAAAACAGGUUGGUCUUGUAAAGAAAAGAACCCAGAAAUCCGUAGGAUUUUAAAGAUCCAUAACAGUCCAAAGAUACUAUCAAGAUUUGAAGAGUACAGAGAGGUCGUGAAAGCCAAAGCUGCAAGAAACAGCGUCGUAAAGAGAAGGGACGAGAGAUGCGUAGCAGAUGGUAAUGAACUCUUGAGAUUUUACUGUUCGACGUUCAUCUGCGAUUUGGGAGCGAAUGAAAAUUCCAGCAUUUGCAACCAGCAAUACUGCAGCGUCUGUGGGAUAAUAAAAUCAGGCUUCUCACCCAAGAUGGACGGAAUCUCUACACUAUCGAGCAGCUGGAUGGCACACGUGUCGAUCCCAGAGGAGGUGGAAGAGGAAUUCAAGUUUAUGAACGUGAAACGAGCAAUGCUGGUAUGCAGAGUAGUAGCGGGUCGGGUCGGGUGUGAAAUGGAGGAUGAGGAGGAGGUGGAUAAGGAGAAUGGAGGGUUUGAUUCUGUCGUGGGAAGGGGUGGCAGCGGGGUCCAUAGCAGGCUGGACGAGGAAGAGCUAAUGGUGUUUAAUCCAAGGGCUGUGCUUCCUUGCUUUGUGAUUGUGUAUACCGUGUGAUGAUCAUGUAACGUGGGUUUUCUAAUUUUUAAUUUUUAUUAUUGUUUUGUUUUUAUUUAA